AUGGCGUCGGAGACGAACUGCUGCGGAACAGGCCAGUCCAAACUGUGCAGCCCCGGCAGGCAGCAGGCGGCCCUCCCGUCUUCUAUAUGCAGCUACAAACCACGGGAGUCGCCGGGCCUGGGCCCAGGCGGGAAGAGGAAGGCAGCGGGAGCGGGAGGGGGGCAGCAGAAGAAGGUGUGCAUGAUGCGGGGAGGGAGGAAGGUGGAGUAUGAGGAGAUGGAGGAACCCAAGGAGAGAGAAAAGUACACGUGUGAUAUCCGGUUGCGCGUGCGUGCAGAGUUCUGCCAACACGACACGGCCCUCCAGGGAAACAUCUUCUCCAACAAACCGUCGGAGCUGGAGCGUCAGUUCGAGCGGUUCAGCCAGGCGAACACCAUCCUCAAGUCCCGAGACCUCGGCGCCAUCAUCUGCGACAUCAAGUUCUCGGAACUGACGUACCUGGACGCCUUCUGGCGCGACUACAUCAACGGGUCCCUGCUGGAGGCUCUGAAGGGGGUUUUCAUCACCGACUCGCUCAAGCAAGCCGUGGGUCACGAGGCAAUAAAGCUGUUAGUGAACGUAGACGAGGACGAUUAUGAGGCCGGGAGGGUGAAGUUGUUGAUGAACCUGACACAGUGAGACUGGACACAACUUUUACAUGGUCCAUCUUACCUUCCACUCCUGC